CGUCUCACUGUCCCCUCUGGGGGCGGUGACCAGUUCCCUGGGCUCUUUGGUUCCCUCGCUGCCACGCGUGGCCCCGCCAGGUUGUGUGGCGCAGCCUCGUAGUGGUUUGGUGGGCGCAGGCGCGGGAGCCAGGGACGCAUUUGCAGGGGCUCCUGGGACAGGGCGGAGGCGCAGGCGGUCCUGAGAAAUGUCUUCUGUAAAAAGAAGUCCGAAGCAAGAAAUAGUUACUCAGUUUCACUGUUCAGCUGCUGAAGGAGAUAUUGCCAAGUUAACAGGAAUACUCAGUCAUUCUCCAUCUCUACUCAAUGAAACUUCUGAAAAUGGCUGGACUGCUUUAAUGUAUGCAGCAAGGAAUGGGCACCCAGACAUUGUCCAAUUUCUGCUUGAGAAAGGGUAAACAUUUUAGGCUGUACCACCUGAAAGGAUUUGUGGUUUAAUUUCUUUGUUACAUAUUUACUUUAAAAUUUUGCUUGUUUCCAUAUUUAUAUUGUUGAACUAUUAAAUAACUCAUUGGCUAAUUUAUGUAAAAAUGUAGCACAAUUUUUCUAACUUAAAACUUUGUAACCUUUUUCAUUCAGAAAUUAUUUCUUUAUAGCAAAGCAAAUUUAUGAGGAGUCUAAUUAUAAAUUUUUCUCCCAAAUAGAAAAUGCAGAUCUCACUAUGACUACCAAGGACUUCUUGUAGAAUUUUGGUAUCUCUUUAUAGUGCAUAAAGCUUAAUACUGUUUUAUUUUGUGAGUAAUUAUCCAGAAAGUGUAAGUAUCCACUGUCUCUAACUUUUUGUCAUUUAUGAUUGUUCUUUUAACCUUCCCAAUAGUAAACUAUGUAACAAAAGAAAAAAAUCUAUGUAAUCAUUAAAAAGAAGGACUUUAAUGUGCAUCUGGAAAUAUUUUAUUGAAAUAAAUACAGGAGAAAGUGUUUACUUCCUAUUUUACUUUUUCUCCCCAAUUUUUUCUUCCAUCUAUAGGUGUGACAGAUCAAUUGUCAAUAAAUCAAGGCAGACUGCACUGGAUAUUGCUGUAUUUUGGGGUUAUAAGCAUAUAGCUAAUUUACUAGCUACUGCUAAAGGUGGGAAGAAGCCUUGGUUCCUAACGAAUGAAGUGGAAGAAUGUGAAAAUUAUUUUAGCAAAACACUACUGGACCGGAAAAGUGAAAAGAGAAAUAAUUCUGACUGGCUACUAGCUAAAGAAAGCCAUCCAGCCACAGUUUUUAUUCUUUUCUCAGAUUUAAAUCCCUUGGUUACUCUAGGUGGCAAUAAAGAAAGUUUCCAACAACCAGAAGUUAGGCUUUGUCAGCUGAACUACACAGAUAUAAAGGAUUAUUUGGCCCAGCCUGAGAAGAUCACCUUGAUUUUUCUUGGAGUAGAACUUGAAAUAAAAGACAAGCUACUUAAUUAUGCUGGUGAAGUCCCAAGAGAGGAGGAAGAUGGAUUGGUUGCCUGGUUUGCUCUAGGUAUAGAUCCUAUUGCUGCUGAAGAAUUCAAGCAAAGACAUGAAAAUUGUUACUUUCUUCAUCCUCCUAUGCCAGCCCUUCUGCAAUUGAAAGAAAAAGAAGCUGGGGUUGUAGCUCAAGCAAGAUCUGUUCUUGCCUGGCACAGUCGAUACAAGUUUUGCCCAACCUGUGGAAAUGCAACUAAAAUUGAAGAAGGUGGCUAUAAGAGAGUCUGUUUAAAAGAGGACUGUCCUAGUCUCAAUGGCGUUCAUAAUACCUCAUACCCAAGAGUUGAUCCAGUAGUAAUCAUGCAAGUUAUUCAUCCAGAUGGGACCAAAUGUCUUUUAGGCAGGCAGAAAAGAUUUCCCCCAGGCAUGUUUACUUGCCUUGCUGGAUUUAUUGAGCCUGGAGAGACAAUAGAAGAUGCUGUUAGGAGAGAAGUAGAAGAGGAAAGUGGAGUCAAAGUUGGCCAUGUUCAGUAUGUCGCUUGUCAACCAUGGCCAAUGCCUUCCUCCUUAAUGAUUGGUUGCUUAGCUCUGGCAGUGUCUACAGAAAUUAAAGUUGACAAGAAUGAAAUAGAGGAUGCCCGCUGGUUCACUAGAGAACAGGUCCUGGAUGUUCUGACCAAAGGGAAGCAGCAGGCAUUCUUUGUGCCACCAAGCCGAGCUAUUGCACAUCAAUUAAUCAAACACUGGAUUAGAAUAAAUCCCAAUCUCUAAAUCUAAGAACUAAGCUUUGGGUAUUAUUUAAUACUUUCUAAUAACACUCAUUCCUCAAGUGAUAUUAGAGAUUAUUCAGUACUCUUGAGAGUGUCACAACACAAAAUAUCAUGUUGGGUUUUCGAAAUAUUUUCAAAAUGUUCUGUCUUAAUCACAAAUUCGUAUUUUUACAAAUUUUUUAAAUAUUGCCUCAGAUUAUGUUAAAUCUGGGUCAGCCUUCUCUGAACUUUUUCUUUCUUGGUUUCUUUUCUUCCUUCACAGUUUUAUCUCACAAAACCAUUUUUCUAAUAAGAGACAUCAUGUUGGAAAGAUGUUCUAGAAAUGUGCAUAAAUUUCAGUGCCUCUUGUAUGCAUUAAACUGAUGACAAAGAAAGUUCCUGAUUUGAGAAAUGAAACAAAGUAAUUUUAAUGAAUUUUUAGCUUGUAUUAGCUUGAGUUAGCUUGCAUUGGUUUUUCAGUCCUUUUGUUACCUUUAAGUUGUCAAUAUCUGGUUUUUGUUCAUCUCCCCAAUGUAGUCCCACUUCCUCUUUCCUGGGGGUUCCAUUGUUUUAGCAGUGGAGGUGUUACAGUGUUGCCACUCGUCUAAUUUGACCAGUGUUAAGAAUUUUCUAAUUUAAUAAUUUAAUAGUGAUCUCAAUACCACACCCUCAUGGAAGGAGAAAAGCAUAAUAUUAUAUCUGGGACCUCUCUUUUAGACCUAAAAUUAAUUAACACAUCUACUUAUAUGUUACUUAUACCUAAAGCUGUUAUUAAGACAAAUCAAGAUUGUCUGCUUUUGCACUGAAAUUAAACUUGAAAGGAAUUCUCAUCAAAUGUCAGAUAUUAAAUAAGUCCCAGGCAAAUUUACAUAUUUAAUUUAAAACAUUGGCUGUAUUUCAUUUUGUGAUGAGUGAUGUAUCUGUUUUAGCAAAAAAUUGUAUAAUCAUUACCAAUACUAUUUAUUAUGCUCAAAUAUAUCUUGGCUUUGACCUUAUUUCAACACAUUCUAAGAAGCCUUGACAAAAUAAGUAUAUUUUAGAGCUGAAUCAGUAAGAUUCCAGAGAAAGCAAAACAUAGUAGUUCACAGUUUUGCAACGUAGAAAGUCACAUUUUGAAAGGCUAUUUUGAAAUUGAUUUAAUAGCUAUUAUGGUUUAUGAGUAUCAAAAUUUGUAUAAUUUGGAUCUUUACUAAUGUAUGCUAGAGCUAGAAGAGACCUUAAGGAUAAUAUAUGAAAUUAGCUUUCCUUAUUUUAUAGAUAAGAAAAAAGAAAUUGUGAAAGGUGAAUUUACCUAAUUAGUGAAAGUUACAUAACUAAUUAAUUACAAGUCUGUACUAUAUAAUGCAGAGGACGAUUCUCCCUGUAAAAGGAACUAGAAGCUAUUACUAAAAAUAUAUAUAGACAAAAUUAAAAGAAGGAAUGAUAAGAAUAAAUUUAAUUUACCAAAUAUUAAAAUUUUAGAUACUUAACAUUUAUUUAACUUAAAGAUAACUGUCAGAUAAAACUUUAUUUUACUAAUGAGCAGUGAUUUUCUUAGGAAUUGAUGAAGGCUUAUUGGUAUCAAGAAUUUAAACCAAAUUAAAACUGAUACAGGACAUUUAGAUACAUAAUAAAAUUUGAGCUACAUAAGUAUAUAGAAAAUAAUGUACCUUGAUUAUUAUGAAAUAGAGCAUCUUGAAAUUCAGUUUUACUCCAAAUGUACUUUUUAACACUUACAGAUUCUAAGAUUACAUUGUAAAAUUCCAGGUUUUCAUAAUGUUAAAAUAGGAAAGUAGGAUAUCAAGUAUCAACAAGUGUAGUUGUACAUUUUGUUUUGGAUAUUUAAUCCUUACUUGGGGAAAAAUCAGCAUCUAAGUAAAUUAUUAUUUUAAUAACAACUCUUAAAUUGCCAACCUCUGAGAGGUGAAAAGCUAUGUAAAUAGAAGGAAUGGCCAAUUCAAAAGAAUAGUAGAUGUGAUAGUGCCAUGAAUGUAUUCUACUGGAAAUGAAUGUAAUAAUACAUUAAAUUUUUAAAAUCUA